GAAGGUCAAUAUGCGCGAAAAGUAAGUAGUAACUUGCAUUCGAAAAUUUUUAGUUGAACUCAAUUUCUACAAUACUUUUAGUGUACACUAUACGAUUGUCCUAAUUUCACACUCGCAUUUUUACAAAUCUUUGUUGAUAAUCUUCAAUAUUUAGUGUUAUAUACAGCUAAUACACAGAACUCAGCGAUAUGUUUGUUGCAUGUCCUCAUAUUGGUCUGCAGUGGGUUGCGCUUUUAUUGGCUUUGAUCAUGAGUUUUACAGUCCUAACAACAUAUCUUAUUUCCAUCCAUAGAGGACAUGUAAAUGCAGAAUUGCCAUUUAUCAGCUCUACAGGUGCUUAUCCACCAGAAAGUUGUAUAUUUGGUGAGGGAUUAAACUUAGCUGCUUUUAUCAUAAAAUCUCAACACCAUUAUUUAUUGAUUGGUGCUGUUAUAUGGGUUGAAGACAGCUUGUAUCCAAGUUUGAUAUGCUCCUUUUUCUGGUAUUUAAUCGCAUUGGAGAGAACAAAAUUUAUGGGCAUACAUCAACCAAAAUGUGUUCUUAACUUUAUGCUUUUAUUGUCUCUAGUUGCUUCAAUUGGUUUAACAUUGGUUGGGAAUUUCCAACAAGUUAACGUUGAAUUAAUACAUGAUAUUGGUGCUGGGAUGUCUUUUUUCGGAACCACUAUUUAUAUCAUUUUGUGUGCCUUAGUUAGCAAGCGAUACCUUGGGACACAUUGGUGUAUAUGGGCUUUUAGACUUCUCUUAGGAAUUAUGGCAGGAAUAACAUCAAGUUUUUUUUCGAUAUGUCAUACAGUUUCCAGGAUAAAUUUCAACGGUACACAAGAAGAAUCUUUGACUUAUCGGCAUCCUGGUCAAGGUGGAUUUUCAUUUUAUCUAUGCAGUACAAGUUUUGAGUGGGCUGCAGGAUUUAUCAUUAUUAUGUUUUUUAUCACAUGGGCUUACGAAUUCAGAUCAUAUGCUUUACAAUUACCACAGAUUGUUAGAAAACACCCAUCUGAAUCUGAUAUCUACAGCCUCAAAAGUUGAAGACAGAUACUGGUCACUUUAGAAGCUUUCUCCCUCAACUUCAAAUAAUUGAAAUUUUUAACCCAUAUGUUAUCACUAUCUAAAUUCAUAAUUACUUUAAUAUGAUAUUACUGACCAUUCACGAGUAAAAUCACACUUUACGUCAUUAUGAAGAAAGUAAUUGAGUUUAAUUAGUGUACCUAGUUUUGCGUUCUCUGAGUAAUGAUUUCUUAGAUUUUUACCAAAUAAUUUAUUCACCGUAACGUUAUGACUACAACCGACAACUUAGAUGAUGAGAUUCACGGUAAGGAUCUAAAAAUCGAUUUUUAUUAUUCAACACAUAGUGUUCACAUACUUGAAAAGUUAGAUUAUUAUUUAAUUUUAGAUGAA